CUUCCUCUCUCCACCCCCCCUUCCCAUCCGGCUGUUGUUACAUCCCUGCAGUGCUGUGCAUCCGACUCGCAGGGCCUGACAUCGACCGCGUGGAAGCUCCCAGCUCCUCCAGUCUGGUGCUGCUGAAUGGCUGGAGCUGCCCACCAAGGAGGUGCAGACAGCUGGGAGCUGCGUUGUCUCAGACUUGUGGUGCAUGGAGGAAGACGCGCUUUCCUAGAGAUUUAAUUUAUCUAGACAUACCAAGGCUGUGGGAUCCGCGCGGCGGGACGGCAUCGCCAUGUUUCGGAACAGCCUCAAGAUGCUCCUUACAGGAGGGAAAUCGAACCGCAAAAACAGGUCCAGUGAUGGAGGGAGCGAGGAGCCACCAGACCGAAGACAGGCAAGUGUAGACGCCCGGCAGAGCCGCUCUGGGCAAGGCACCUCCACAGAGAACGACUGUGCUUUCGAAGCAGACUACGCCAUCCCGCCGCUCCCCGUGACCGAAGGUAUGCAGCAGUUUCGGAUUAUGGAGGGCAUGUCCCGCUCCCUUCCAUCCUCCCCCUUACUCACACAUCAGUCUAUCAGUGUUCGGCUCCAACCCGUGAAGAAGUUGCCUGCCCCUCUGAGGAAAGCAAAGUUUGUUGAGAGCCCUCGCAUCCCUGAGUCUGAGCUUGGCUCACCAACACUCUCUUCAGCACAGAAACUGGACGUGGAUGCAUACUGCCCUGGUGACGCUGAGCAGGAGCUGGGACCCCCUCCAUCCGUAGAUGAGGCAGCAAAUACACUCAUGACUCGCCUGGGCUUCCUCCUGGGGGAGAAAGUCACAGAGGUACAGCCAGGGCCCCAGUACAGCAUGGAGGUGCAGGAUGAGAACCAGAGCUCGGCAGUGACGCAGCGCAUCAGCCCCUGCUCCACACUGACCAGCAGCACGGCCUCACCGCCCGCCAGCAGCCCCUGCUCCACCCUGCCACCCGUCAGCACCAACGUCCCUGCCAAGGACUGCAGCUACGGGGCCGUCACCAGCCCCACGUCCACGCUGGAGAGCAGGGACAGCGGCAUCAUAGCCACUUUGACGAGCUACUCCGAGAACGUGGAGCGCACAAAGUAUGGAGGGGAAAGCAGCAAGGAGAUGGGCUCGGGAGGCAACCUGAAGCCCUGGCAGUCCCAGAAGUCCAGCAUGGACUCGUGCCUGUACCGUGUGGAUGAGAACAUGACAGCCUCAACCUACAGCCUGAACAAGAUCCCGGAGAGGAACCUGGAGACCGUCCUGUCCCAGUCAGUGCAGUCCAUCCCGCUGUACCUCAUGCCACGGCCCAACUCGGUCGCAGCCACCAGCUCGGCCCACCUGGAGGACCUGGCAUACCUGGAUGAGCAGAGGCACACCCCCCUGCGCACCUCCCUCCGCAUGCCCCGGCAGAGCGUGGCUGGAGCCCGCGCACAGCAGGACCUGCGAGUGCGCUUUGCACCCUACCGACCUCCAGACAUCUCCCUGAAGCCGCUGCUCUUCGAGGUCCCCAGCAUCACCACCGAAUCCGUCUUUGUGGGCCGGGACUGGGUGUUCCACGAGAUCGAUGCACAGCUGCAGAGCUCCAACGCCAGCGUGAACCGCGGUGUGGUGAUCGUGGGGAACAUCGGCUUUGGGAAGACUGCCAUCAUCUCCAGGCUGGUUGCACUCAGCUGCCACGGCACUCGCAUGAGGCAGAUUGCAUCUGACAGCCCGCACGCCUCACCCAAACACGUGGAUGCAAACAGAGAGCUGCCCUUAACCCAACCGCCUUCUGCUCACUCCUCCAUCGCCAGUGGGAGCUGCCCGGGGACCCCCGAGAUGCGCCGGCGCCAGGAGGAGGCCAUGAGGCGGCUCGCUUCCCAGGUCGUCGCCUAUCACUACUGCCAGGCAGACAACGCCUACACCUGCCUGGUGCCCGAGUUUGUGCACAACGUGGCCGCCCUGCUGUGCCGCUCACCACAAUUCGUCGCCUAUCGGGAGCAGCUGCUGCGUGAGCCCCACCUGCAGAGCAUGCUGAGCCUCCGCUCCUGCGUGCAGGACCCCAUGGCCUCCUUCCGCAGGGGGAUCCUGGAGCCCCUGGAGAACCUGCAUAAAGAGAGGAAGAUCCCUGAUGAAGAUUUCAUCAUAUUAAUUGAUGGUUUAAACGAGGCUGAAUUUCACAAGCCAGAUUACGGUGACACCAUUGUAUCAUUCCUGAGCAAAAUGAUUGGGAAAUUCCCCUCCUGGCUGAAGCUGGUUGUGACCGUCAGGACAAGUCUACAGGAAAUAAUUAAGCUGUUGCCCUUCCACAGAAUAUUUUUGGAUAGACUGGAAGAGAACGAAGCCAUAGACCAGGACCUGCAGGCAUACAUCCUCCACCGGAUACACAGCAGCUCAGAGAUCCAGAACAACAUCUCACUGAACGGCAAAAUGGACAACACCACCUUUGGCAAACUCAGCUCUCACCUCAAGACUUUGAGCCAAGGGUCCUACCUUUACCUGAAACUCACUUUUGAUCUCAUAGAGAAAGGAUAUCUAGUACUAAAAAGCUCCAGCUACAAAGUUGUCCCAGUGUCUCUGUCAGAAGUUUACCUGUUGCAGUGCAAUAUGAAGUUCCCAACGCAGUCUUCCUUUGAUCGGGUUAUGCCUCUCUUGAAUGUGGCAGUGGCAUCUCUGCAUCCUUUAACAGAUGAGCAUAUUUUUCAGGCCAUUAAUGCAGGUAACAUUGAGGGCACUUUGGAGUGGGAUGACUUUCAGCAGAGGAUGGAGAACCUUUCUAUGUUUCUUAUCAAACGUAGAGACAUGACGCGAAUGUUUGUUCAUCCCUCUUUCCGAGAAUGGCUUAUUUGGAGAGAAGAAGGUGAAAAGACCAAGUUUCUUUGUGAUCCUAGGAGUGGCCACACACUGCUUGCCUUCUGGUUUUCCCGUCAGGAAGGAAAACUAAACCGACAGCAAACGAUCGAGCUGGGACAUCACAUUCUCAAAGCACAUAUUUUUAAGGGGCUGAGUAAAAAAGUUGGGGUGUCUUCCUCCAUCCUGCAAGGGCUUUGGAUCUCCUACAGCACUGAAGGUCUUUCCAUGGCUUUGGCAUCGCUGAGAAACCUCUACACCCCAAACAUCAAGGUCAGUCGGUUGCUGAUUCUGGGAGGUGCCAACGUGAAUUACAGGACUGAAGUUCUGAACAACGCCCCAAUUCUGUGCGUGCAGUCCCACCUGGGGUACACAGAGAUGGUGGCUUUGCUCCUGGAGUUCGGUGCCAAUGUAGAUGCUGCUUCUGAGAGCGGCCUGACCCCCCUUGGCUACGCUGCUGCUGCUGGGUUCCUGAGCAUCGUUGUGCUGCUGUGCAAGAAACGGGCCAAGGUGGAUCACUUGGACAAGAACGGUCAGUGCGCGCUGGUGCACGCCGCCCUCCGAGGACACCUGGAAGUGGUGAAGUUCCUGAUCCAGUGCGACUGGAGCAUGGCUGGGCAGCAGCAGGGGGUGUUCAAAAAGAGCCACGCCAUCCAGCAGGCCCUGAUCGCCGCAGCCAGCAUGGGCUACACGGAGAUUGUCUCCUACCUGCUCGACCUUCCAGAAAAAGAUGAAGAGGAGGUGGAGCGAGCACAGAUCAACAGCUUUGACAGUCUCUGGGGAGAGACAGCACUGACGGCAGCAGCGGGCCGGGGGAAGCUGGACGUGUGCCGGCUGCUGCUGGAGCAGGGAGCUGCCGUGGCACAGCCCAACCGGCGCGGCGUGGUGCCUCUCUUCAGCGCCGUCCGGCAGGGCCACUGGCAGAUUGUGGACCUGCUGCUCACCCACGGCGCUGACGUGAACAUGGCAGACAAACAGGGCCGGACACCGCUGAUGAUGGCUGCAUCCGAGGGACACCUGGGCACGGUGGAGUUUCUGCUUGCACAAGGUGCCUCCAUUUCUCUGAUGGACAAGGAGGGCUUGACAGCCCUCAGCUGGGCUUGCCUGAAGGGCCACCUGGCCGUGGUGAGGGCCCUAGUGGAGAAUGGGGCAGCCACCGACCAUGCUGACAAAAAUGGGCGCACGCCACUGGACCUGGCAGCUUUCUACGGCGACGCGGAGGUGGUUCAGUUCCUGGUGGAUCACGGGGCCGUGAUCGAGCACGUCGACUACAGCGGGAUGCGUCCCCUGGACAGGGCGGUGGGGUGCCGCAACACCUCGGUGGUCGUCACCCUCCUGAAGAAAGGAGCAAAGAUAGGUUGUCAGACGUUACCGAGUCGCCCACGAGGUCCAGCAACAUGGGCGAUGGCCACCUCCAAACCAGACAUCAUGAUCAUCCUGUUGAGCAAGCUGAUGGAAGAGGGAGACAUGUUUUACAAGAAAGGUAAAGUGAAGGAGGCUGCCCAGCGCUACCAGUACGCCCUGAAGAAGUUCCCCAGGGAAGGCUUUGGGGAAGACCUGAAAACCUUCCGUGAGCUGAAGGUGUCACUCCUUCUCAACCUCUCCCGAUGUCGAAGGAAAAUGAAUGACUUUGGAAUGGCAGAGGAAUUCGCUACUAAAGCACUGGAGCUGAAACCGAAAUCUUACGAAGCUUACUAUGCAAGAGCAAGGGCCAAACGCAGCAGCAGGCAGUUUGCAGCAGCCCUGGAGGACCUGAACGAGGCCAUCAAGCUGUGCCCCAACAACCGUGAGAUCCAGCGGCUGCUGCUGCGGGUGGAGGAGGAGUGCCGGCAGGUGCAGCAGCAGCAGCAGCAGCAGCAGCAGCCACCCCCGCUGCCAGCAGAGCCUGAGCCCGAAGCCCAGCAUGAAGAGCUGUAUUCCGUGCAAGACAUUUUUGAGGAGGAGUACCUCGAGCAGGACGUUGAGAACGUUUCCAUUGGCUUGCAGACAGAGUCCAGGCCAAACCAAGGGCUUCCCAUCAUCCAGAGCCCACCCCCCUCCCCGGCUCACCGGGACUCAGCCUAUAUUUCUGGCUCACCUCUCGGCUCGCAUCAGGUCUUUGAUUUCAGGUCCAACAGCUCGGUGGGCUCUCCCACCAGGCAGGGCUACCAGUCCACGUCUCCCACUCUGUCUCCGACACACCAGAAUUCCCAUUACCGGCCCAGUCCUCCGCACACCUCUCCUGCCCAUCAGGGCUCCUCGUAUCGCUUCAGCCCACCCCCCGUCGGGAGCCAGGGGAAGGAAUAUCAGAGCCCACCGCCUUCUCCUCUUCGCAGAGGCCCUCAGUACCGCGCCAGCCCCCCAGCAGACGGCAUGAGCGUGUACAGGUCACAGUCGGGCUCCCCGGUUCGCUAUCAGCAAGAACCCAGUGCUGUCAGCCCGCUUCCCGGCAGGCCCAAAUCCCCCCUGUCCAAAAUGUCACAGCGCUCCUUCCAGAUGCCCCAGCUGCCCGUGGCCGUGCCUCAGCAGGGCCUGAGGCUGCAGCCAGCAAAGGCGCAGAUCGUGCGGAGCAACCAGCCCAGCUCAGCCGUGCACUCCAGCACCGUCAUCCCCACCGGUGCCUACAGCCAGGUUGCCCACUCGAUGGCCAGCAAGUACCAGGCGGCGGCGGGGGAGAUGGGAGUCAACCAGAGCAGGCUGGUGUACCAGGGCUCCAUCGGGGGGAUCGUAGGGGACAGUCGGCCCGUGCAGCACGUGCAGGCCAGCCUCAGCGCGGGGGCCAUCUGCCAGCACGGAGGGUUGGCCAAGGAAGAUCUUCCGCAGAGGCCGUCCUCGGCGUACAGGGGGGGCAUGAGGUACAGCCAGACCCCCCAGAUCGGGCGCAGCCAGUCUGCUUCCUACUACCCCAUGUGCCACUCAAAGCUGGACCUGGAGCGUUCAUCCCUGCCCUCUGGCCAGCUCGGCUCGCCGGACGUGUCUCACCUCAUCCGGAGGCCCAUCAGCGUUAAUCCCAGCGAAAUCAAGCCUCACCCGCCAACCCCGAGGCCGCUGCUCCAUUCGCAGAGCGUCGGCCUGCGCUUCUCUCCCUCCAGCAAUAGCAUCUCAUCCACCUCCAACCUGACGCCCAACUUCCGCCCCUCCGCCUCGAUCCAGCAAAUGGAGAUCCCUCUCAAGCCGGCCUACGACCGGGCGUGCGACGAGCUGUCCCCAGUGUCCCCCACUCAGGGUGGGUACCCCAGCGAGCCGGCCCGUUCCCGGACCACGCCGUUCAUGGGAAUCAUUGAUAAAACCGCUCGGACUCAGCAGUACCCCCACCUCCAUCAGCAGAACCGGACCUGGGCCGUGUCAUCAGUGGACACUGUUAUUAGCCCUACGUCUCCUGGCAAUCUCCCCCAGCCGGAAUCAUUUAGCCCACCUUCUUCAAUCAGCAACAUUGCCUUUUAUAACAAAACCAACAAUGCACAGAAUGGCCAUUUGCUAGAGGAAGACUAUUACAGCCCCCAUGGGAUGCUGGCCAAUGGGUCCCGGGGAGACCUACUGGAGAGAGUCACCCAGGCCUCCUCGUACCCCGAUGUGAAGGUGGCGAGGACGCUGCCGGUGGCACAGGCCUACCAGGACAACCUGUACAGGCAGCUCUCCCGGGACUCCCGGCAAGGGCAGACAUCCCCAAUCAAACCAAAGAGACCAUUUGUGGAGUCUAAUGUGUAAGAGACGCUUGUUGGAGUAAGACCCUUAUGUUUGCAGCACACACUUCCAAGCUUGAUUUCCAUGCAUAUUAUUAUUAUUAUUAUUAUUAUUAUUAUUAUUAUUUUUAUUUCUCUUUGGUAGCGACAUGACCACGUUUCUCCGGUACUUGGUGCGGUGGUCAGACACCAUGCACGCGCUCCGGCCCUUCCGUCCCCCAGCUGACUGUGAAGCCACCCUCAGCCAAGCAGUACAUUGCCCAAUUCCAGCUGAGCUCCCUCACUUGGCAGCUGCCAACCAGGAUAUCCCAGUACGCGGUGCGGGGUAGGCCAGGAACAUCCCUUACGCAGUGGGAGGUAACCAGAUCUUUUUCAGGAGACAAUCGCGUCCGAUUUCAAUCAGUUCCUUAUGUCUCAAUGAGCUCCUACUGCUGACAGUUCCCAGUGGGAGCAGAGCGGGUGUCCCAACAACCUCUUCUGGGGCUGCGUCUGCAGGCUGCCACACAGCAGGGCUGUUCCCUGCCCAGCUCUCCCUUUGCUCAGACAGAGCAGAGCAUCGUUCGUAGCUAUGCACAGCACCCAUCCUGCUUGACCCGUGUGCAGCAUUGCGAUUGGAAUUGUGUUUCUUUAAUUGCUUACGCUGCCUGAAGGGUUGGGGGUCACCAGGUGCUUUGCUACUUUGCCAUCUGGGUGUCCUGGUGUCGGUUUAUUCGUGGGCAUUGUUGCAGGUGCUCAGAGAUUGCACGUUCACGGGCCGAGGGAACUGGGUUAGGAGUGGGACCGCAGCUCAGUUGCCCCAUUAGCAGAUGGCUGCAUCCCAAACGUGGCACCACAUUUAUCACCAGGACAGCUGAACGUUGGGGUUUUCAUUUGUUUUGGGGCUUUUUAUGGUGUUCUGUCUUUUUGACUAGGAAAUCCUUUCCAAAAAGGAAAUCCACAGUUUAUUUCUUGGCUGGGAUGCAUAACGUGGCACUGUGGCUCUGGGAUGGGAUGAGUCCGGUGACAAAGGUUGCAGGGUCCAUCCCAAAAUCAUGGAAAGCGAUUGCUCUGUUCUCUUACCUAUAGAUGGGAGAGAUGGUGCUUUGCUCUUUAAGGACCUUUAGUUAGAAGAGAGAUAUUUAUAAUUUAUUUAUGUGCUCUGUUUCAGGACAUUUUUUUGUGGUUUGGUUGUUUUUCUCUUAUUUUUUGUAAAUCAAACACAAGUCACAUCAAGGCAGUGUGAACAGCGGGGGACACUUCCAGAAACCUUUGUACUGAAUUUUGCAGUUGUUCCCUGGCAUUUCUUGGGAUGAGUGGAGGGACUUCUUUACCAAUGCUUCACUUAGUGCUGCUUGCUUUGUAAUUUGCCUUUCCAUUACUGAGGGCGAUUGGUUGGACGAGGGAUAAACCUGGAGCUUGUUUUAAAGCAAAAAUAGUGCCUGUUGCCCACCGCUGAGCCUCACCCAUAGCAGCUCCUAAUAGCAAAAUCACAGAACCAUGACGUGGUUGGGUUAGAAGGGACCUUACAGCCCGCCCAGCUCCAAGCCCUGCCGUGGGCUGAGUGCCCUCCCCAGCUCAGGCUGACCAGGGCCCCAUCCGUGGUGUUAUGGGGCAAGAAAGGGAUCUGGUGCUGAGCAGGAAAAGUGAGCAAAACCUGUUGAUGUUUCCAAAGGGCUACCUAUAUCUGGACGUAGAUUGCAGAAUGCCUCAAACUGAACCACAGCACUCAGCCUGGAGCUAAACCAGCCCCGGUGGUGGUCGGGCUCAGCCCAAGCUGGGCACAGCAGGACCUCGUGUCUCACAGACACACCAAGAGCAUCCCGGGCUUUUCCUCUUGUGUUGUGUAUUUGUCUGGGGCACUGUUUGCAUUGAAGUUGGCUUGUUGCUUCUCAAGCACAGCUCAGCCCCGACCUUUGCUUUCUCACAGGGCUGGGGGAGCGCCGGCAGCGCUGCUUCUCUCCUUGGAAGCAGCGUGCUGCUGUGUGUCCCUCUUUUGGAAACGGUUCUGCUUUGCAAGUACAAAGCCCCUUCCCCUCAGCUUUCUGAACACGAGCAGCUUUCUGCCUUCAGUUGCUUCUUGGAAUGGGAAAAGGAACGAAGCUCAGCCCCGCUCUGCUGCGCAGCAAAGCGCACGCUUGGAGAGCUGCAUGCGCUGCGCUGCUCACUGCCCCAUGUCCCCCAGUGCCACCUCGGGUUUGUGAAGGUGUUUUAAGGAUAAAACCAAAACACAGCUCUCACUGUAACCACACACACAGAGACAACGCUGGCGUGGUGCAGCGCGUGGGUUUGUCACGAUGGUGAGUGUUGCAUUUUCACAGGAUUCUUGCACUAGCAGUUUUCCAUCUGUUCUCUCUGUACAUGGGUGCACUUUACUGUUAGAAUUUGUUCCUCUGAUAAAUACUGGAUAUUUAAACGUGAGUAGUGUCCUCGUUAGGAAAUAGCAAAGCAGCUCUCGUCUCUUGGUGUAUUUUUCAAAAAAAGAAAAAAGGAAAAAAAAAAAAGCCACAAACCAACGAAUUGUUUCUAGCACAAGGACCAACUCUUGUACAUAAGCAUCGACAGGCGGAGUCGCUUUCAAACACGACGUCCUUUGCAGUGGCUUUAAGGCGCUUCCCCAGCAGUUCUCAUAGGGGUGAGGAGCUGCUCUCUUCCCCCAGCAUCACGCUCGGGUUCGCUCACGCAGGAGCAGAGGUCAGUGUGUGUUUGUGGUCCCGUUGGGAAGUGCCCUCCUUGCUCCAGUCUCACCCCACGUCCCCUCACUGCCGUGUCUUUGCUGCAGACCGUAGUGCCCCACGCUGUGCUGUGCCUUCAGCUUCUUUCAGUAACUCCCAUUCGGGUUUCUUGCAUCUUGCAGGGUCCUUUAGGGUGCACCGAGAUCAUUGGCAACUAUGAAACCCUCUGGAUUUGGUUCUUGGGGUGCGUUUGGUCAGCAGUGUGGGAGCACACACCUGUAUUGAGCUGCAGCACCAGCAGAUGUCCCUUGCACUCUGUAUUGCAGAGCCACAACCUCAGUGUGGGGCUGCUGUGGCACAGUGUGGGGUCGCAGCUGUGGUUUGUGCCCUGGUUUGGAAUCACAUGGAUCUGGUUUGUGCCCUGGUGUAGAUUCACAUGGUUCUGGUUUGUGCUCCAGUGUAGAUUCACGUAGUUCUGGUUUGUGCCCCAGGAUGAAGGAUGCUGCGGUGCCAGGCGGGGUGCCUGCAUCGUGCAGUCAUGCUGCUGCCCCUACAUGCUGGGCAGGACAUUGGAGGGCUCUGACAACAGCCCUGAGGGACUGAUAGAAGUGUUUGGCAAAGGGAAGAUGUUCCAAAGCUGAGGUCCUUGGUCCAGCCCAGAGCUGCAGCCUGGGCUGCCCACCCUGCGCUGCUUCAUCCAGGGCUGAACUUUGUUGUGUUGUUUCGUUUUGUUUUGUUUUUAAUUUCACGUGGCUGUAAAGAAACCUGCUUAGCUAGCGUAAACUGUGUGCGUGCAUCAUGCCUAAGCCAUAUGUGGGUUAGGUCCUGAAGCGGGGUGGUACGGAACGGGCGGCGAUGCAGUCCCCUCGUACAAAGGCAGUUGUGAAUUCAGGGUUACCCAGAAGAAGUCUAGCUGAACCCAAGUGCCAGCUCCGCCUUACCUAGAGAAACAAGCAAGCCGCCGUGCCUGUUGGUUGCAGAGGAGGUCCUGGGUCACUCCUUGGUGGGUUUGGGCUCGGAUUUGUCUUCGGGGUCGCCGACGACUCCAGGUGUUGUGAGAAGGGCUGAGGGCACGGCGCGGCACGGGGAUCUCUGCAGAGAACGCCUUCGCUCCCGGAUGGUUGCGCUCCCCGACGCCGCUGGGGUGCAUUUGGACACAAGCACAACGGUGAAAGUCAAUCUGCUUUUUUUCAGAUUUGUUUGGAUAAUUGCUGGAUUUUCAUUCAAUCAAACUCUUUUUCUAAUCUAAAACCACUAAGGGCUCAAUUCUUUAGCAAGGUGCGUUCGUGUCCAACUGACGGCAGCUGGAUCUCACUGGAAACUGCUCCAGAUCCACCCGAAAGAAAACCGGAGCUCACGCAGUCAUCAGCUCUGCAGUGAAUGGACACCAAUGGGAUCCGCCGCCUCCUCCCCUCCCGGCCACCGCCGCGUCUCAGUGCCACGCCAGCUUUGCAAGAAGGACUUGGUCCCUGGUGGGGGAGCCCCGCGGGAGGCAGGUGGGCGCCGGGA